AUUUAUUCAAUAUGGGUCGCGUUAGAACCAAGACUGUCAAGAAGGCUUCUCGUGUCAUCAUCGAAAAGUACUACCCUCGUCUCACUCUCGACUUCCAAGUCAACAAGAGAAUCCUCGAUGAAGUGACCAUUGUUCAAUCCAAGCGUCUUCGUAACAAGAUUGCCGGUUUCACUACUCAUUUGAUGAAGCGUAUCUCUCGCGGCCCUGUUCGUGGUAUCUCCUUCAAGUUGCAAGAAGAAGAACGUGAACGUCGUGACAACUUUGUUCCUGAAUUCUCUGCCUUGGAUACUUCUGCUAUUGAAAUUGAUCCUGAAACUGAGUCUUUGCUUAAGGCCAUCAACUUUGAAAACCUUCCUGGUGUUAAGGUUACUACUCCCGUUGCCCCUGUUGCUCCUCGUCGCAACACUCGUCCUCGCAAGACUGAAGCCUAAUCUAUAUAUAAAAAAGGAUUGAAAUAAAGAAAAUGUUGUCACUGUGU